UAUCAGAAAUUUUCUUCAAUCGCCGCUAAGAUUUCACAGCGUUUGGGCGUGUUUCUCUGUUGUAUCUGAAUAUAUGCGGGCUUCAAUCAAUUCAUAAAUAAUAAUAAUAAUAACUCAACAGCAAACCGAAGCCGUAACAGUUCUGCCUUUAAUUAAGUUUAUUAAUUGAACCAAAAAAUUAUCGCGAUAAACUAAACUCCAAUUGCAAUAUUCGCAUCGCUCCAACCGUGUGUCUGUUUGUGUGGGCAGCAUUUGUAUUAGUGCGUGAGCAAAAUUAUUGUAUAAUCGCCAAAAAGAAAAAGAAAAAAGAAACAGAAAUAAUAAAAGCAAAAACGCCAACGCGAGAAUAAAAAGCAACAAAAUCCGAAAAACUUGUUGAGCUAGUGAAUUUAGUUGAAAAACGCCACUGAAAAUAUCGACAACAAGGGAAACUAGUGCGGACUGCUGGAAAACUUGUUGAGUUGUCUGUAAAUUACGGAAACACUGUAUUCAGCGAUUACUGGAAUACCAAACUGAUAGAUUACUGUCAAGUGAACUAUAAAAUUAUAAAACCCCUCCAAAAAGCGUAUCUCUCGUCACCGCUGAAUUCCCUGACUACCAGAGAACUACCUACUUCGUCAUGCAGGCCAUCAAGUGCGUGGUUGUGGGCGACGGAGCGGUGGGUAAGACCUGCCUGCUGAUCAGCUAUACGACCAACGCCUUUCCGGGGGAAUAUAUCCCCACUGUAUUCGAUAACUACUCCGCCAACGUGAUGGUGGACGCCAAGCCCAUCAAUCUGGGACUUUGGGAUACGGCUGGACAGGAGGACUACGAUCGCCUGAGGCCGCUGUCGUAUCCCCAAACGGAUGUCUUCCUCAUCUGCUUCUCCCUAGUGAAUCCCGCCUCCUUUGAGAACGUGCGGGCCAAAUGGUUUCCCGAGGUGCGUCACCACUGUCCCAGUGUCCCGAUCAUCCUCGUCGGCACCAAGCUGGAUCUGCGCGAUGACAAGCAGACAAUCGAAAAACUGAAGGAAAAGAAGCUCACACCGAUCACGUAUCCGCAAGGACUUGCAAUGGCCAAGGAAAUAGCAGCAGUCAAAUAUCUGGAGUGCUCGGCCCUAACGCAAAAGGGCCUGAAGACGGUCUUCGAUGAGGCCAUCCGGUCGGUGCUGUGUCCGGUGAUCCGCACCCGUCCCCGCCACAAGUGUGAGCUGCUCUAAGAUUCGACCCCAACAAAAAAUAAUUGACACAAAAAAGUAUACAAAAACAAAAAUUAAGAAGAGAACUAACACGCUGGAGAACAAAGCGCAAAAAUUCUGUGCAAAAUUUUCAUAUUCAUUCGCUUUGUGUUGGGCUUACAGUUACAGUGUGAGUGUGAGUGUGAGUGUGAUUGCAAGUGUGUGCGAGAGCCAAAUGAGUAGUGUGUGUGAGUGAUGGAAUGAGUGUGUGAAUGAGCGAGCGUAUUUUUGUUUUUAUUGUCAGCUUUAUGCGGGGGAGCAGCUCAGCAGCCACAAAAAAAAAACAAAAGCAAGAACAUCAUCAACGGCAAUCAGCGAGUGCAUCCAAGGGUGGAGCAAGAGGGGGGUUCGCAAGGGGGUCUCCGGGGGGGUCAGAACACGCAUAAGCAAACAUUUUUAUCUAUAUAUAAGAUGAUGUGUGCAUACACGGCAAUAUAUUUAUAAUGUUAAACUUCUUUAAUUUGAAAGGAAAUGCCAGAGAUGAAAUGAUCAUUUUUGUUCAACUUAAAUUUAUUUUUUUUACUGAAAAAGAAAUGGUUAAAAUAAAAUAGAAUCAUUUUUAUAUGCAAAAAUAUUUUUUAUUUUAAUAUU